GUCACCUGCGUGCGCGGGGCUCAUCUUCACCUUCACCCCAUCAUCUGACAGCCGGGCAAGAAGGUGGAGUUCAUCGUUAAAGGGAAUGGGGGACGCCUCCGGGUCUCCUCGCUAAGCUUCAGGAUCGGGCAGCAGGCGAGUGCCAGGCGGCCGGCCCCGGUUUGCCUUCGACAGCCGCCUGUUCGGUUCCAGCCUCCCGGAUGCUUUAAAAACAACCGGUGCAAGGAAGAAGAAGAAGAAAAAGAAAAAGUCAGAUCCUUCAGGAUUAUCAAUGGCAUGAACAUUUCUGUUGCACCUUUGGUUGGCCACCUGUGGUUUGGGUAAUGAGAAGAAAAAAUAUCGACUUCUUGAGAGAAGCCUAUUGAACAGCCGAUUAGUCUGUUGCUCAGAGUGAUCUCAGAUAGAGAAGAAUCCAAUAUGAAUACAUCACUUCUCUCCUUCACAGGAAAUAAUUCUAUUCAAAAUAUCUCCAAUGAGGCUUCUGGUCUCUUCCAUUUCCAGGACAUUGACUGUCAUGUGCCUUUGGCCAUGGUAUUUACCUUGGCCUUGGCUUAUGGAAUUGUUAUCCUUCUUGGCAUUUCUGGAAAUCUGGCGUUAAUUAUUAUAAUCUUGAAGCAAAAGGAAAUGCACAACGUGACCAACAUUCUCAUUGUCAAUCUGUCCUUUUCAGACCUCCUAAUAACUAUCAUGUGUCUUCCUUUCACAUUUGUAUAUACUCUAAUGGACCACUGGGUUUUUGGGGAGACCAUGUGCAAACUUAAUCCUUUCGUGCAGUGUGUCUCUGUCACAGUCUCUGUUUUCUCCUUGGUCCUCAUAGCUAUUGAACGCCAUCAGCUGAUUAUCAACCCUCGUGGCUGGAGGCCUAAUAACAGACAUGCCUAUGUUGGAAUUGCCACCAUCUGGAUCCUAGCAAUAGCCUCAUCUCUGCCUUUCUUAAUAUACCAUGUUUUAACCGAUGAACCUUUCACUAAUAUAACCAUAGAGGACUACAAGGGAAAAUAUGUAUGCUUCGAUUCAUUUCCAUGGGAGUCAGCCAGACUGUCCUACACUACUAUUCUCUUGGUCAUACAAUACUUGGGACCCCUUUGUUUUAUAUUCAUUUGCUACUUAAAGAUCUAUAUUCGAUUAAAAAGAAGAUGCAACAUGGUGGAUAAGAUGAGGGAUAAUAAAUACCGGUCUACCGAAACAAAAAGGAUCAAUGUUAUGCUGAUCUCGAUUGUGGUGGCUUUUGCCAUCUGUUGGCUGCCCCUCACCAUCUUCAAUACGGUCUUUGACUGGAAUCAUGAAAUUCUCCCUGCAGCCUGCAGCCAUAAUUUGCUCUUUUUAAUUUGUCACCUUACAGCUAUGAUCUCAACCUGUGUGAAUCCCAUCUUCUACGGAUUCCUCAACAAGAACUUUCAACGGGAUCUGCAGAUUUUCUUUCACUUCUGUCAUUUCCACACCAGAGUCGAUGACUAUGAAACAAUAGCGAUGUCUACAAUGCACACAGAUAUUUCAAAGACUUCCCUGAAGCAAGCAAGCCCUCUCACUUUUAAAAAAUUUAAUGAGCAUGCUGAUGAAAAAAUAUAGCUGCUGUGUCAUGACUGACAUGUUUUCAAGAACAAACACCAGAUUUUAAAGAGGCUUC